CUCACUCCGAAAACUCAGCUCGCUCGCCAACGACAACAAUGGACGUGCAAGAAACCCCCAACACUAGUGUCGAGGACAUGCCCAUGGACGUCGAAGUCCAGGAAUCUCAUGACCAGACCGAGUUCGAGGCUGGGUCGGAUGAAGCUGGUGUCCCUACUGGACCGAGGGCUAUGCAGAGACAGCAGCAGGAGGGACAGAGGAAGGCUUCUACGUUGUAUGUCGGUAACUUGAACACGAGGGUCACGGACUUUAUGUUGCACGAGAUCUUUGGCGUUGCGGGGGCUGUGAGGAAUGUCAAGAUCCUCACUGACAAGAACUUUGGUGGUCAGGGUUUGAACUAUGGGUUCGUUGAGUAUGAGGACCCACGGGCGGCAGAGACGGCUAUGCAGACUUUGAAUGGGCGGAGAAUAUUCGAUACCGAGAUCAAAGUCAACUGGGCCUACCAAUCCACCAACAACCCAAACCACCCCGCAAACGCAAACAAAGAAGACACCGCCGCCCACUACCACAUUUUCAUCGGCGACCUCUCCUCCGAAAUCAACGACGAAAUCCUCGCAAAAGCCUUCUCUGCCUUCGGGUCCAUGUCGGAUGCUCGAGUUAUGUGGGAUCCGAACACGGGAAGGAGCAGGGGGUAUGGGUUCGUUGCGUUUAGGGAAAGGGGGGACGCGGAGCAGGCGAUUGCGACGAUGAAUGGAGAGUGGUUGGGGAGUAGGGCUAUCAGGUGUAAUUGGGCGAAUCAGAAGGGAGCGGGGGCUGCGCAGGUUCAGGCUGCGGCGUUGGCGAUGAUGGGGUGGAGUGCGUCGGUUGGGAUGCCCGGGAUGGGCAUGGGUGUCGGUGUGGGUGUGGGUGUCGGUGUUGGGGUUCCGGGCUUUCAGAAUCCGGCGGCGGUGGCGGGGGUUGGGAUGGGGGGGAUGGGUGAUUAUGCGAUGGUUCUUGCUGCGUCGUCGCCGACGAACACUACUGUGUAUGUCGGGAACUUGCCUCAUACUGCAACCCAGAAUGAUGUUCAACCUUUGUUCCAGAACUUUGGGUAUGUUCAGGAGUUGAAGGUCAAGGCUGAUAGUGGGUAUGCGUUCGUGACGUUGGAUUCGCAUGAGAAUGCCGCUAUGGCAAUUUGCCAGCUGAACGGGUUCGUUGUUGGUGGUAGGCCGGUCAAGUGUGGUUGGGGUCGCGAUAAGGGCGCUUACGGAAGGGGAUAUGGACAGCAGCAGCAGCCGUGGGGUGGUCAGCAACAGCAACAGUACCAGGGUCAGCAGGGUGGUCAGCAAAACCAGCAGCAGCAGUGGCAGCAGUGAGUGAUGAUGGAUCAGUAUGUGAGGAUGUUGGGAAAUUGGCGUUGUGAUGUU